GUGACUGUUUUCCUGUUUUUCCAAAUCGGGUAAAUCAAUAAGUAAGAACCAAUCCCGUUCGAUUGCUGUUGAUCUGCUCAGAGUGCUUAGUGAACAUUAGGUGGUAGUACUAGAUAUGUUCGCUUUUGCGGUUCCCGCGAAGUUUCGCAUAACCUCUUUUCUUCGUUUUUCGCUAGUGUUCCACACCCCUAUCGCUUAGGUUAGCGACGUAUAUCGUUGUUAACAUCUAUUCGAUGAUUACCAAAACCUGACGCGUGAUAAAAACGUAUCUAUCUCUUACUGAAUAAUGAAAACUUUAAAUAACGAAGAGAUUUAUAGAUUUGUGAUUUGGUAGUUUGUUCUUAUUAGCGACGUGUACUAAGUGUCGAACGAACGUUCCGUUUGUGAAUGCACGCGAAGAGAACGAACGAUGAAUACAACUGCGAGAUUCGCGCGAAUGUUGUGAUUGGCGCGAAAAUUGCGAAAAAUUGACGGACACGGUAAAUUUUUUUGUUGUCUCAUAGAUCUUGCGUUAUUCCCUUAAAAAAAAAAUAAGAUAGAUGAGACAGAUUAAUCUUACAUGAUCCGCAAGUUCGCAUCUGUGUUAAGUGAUAAUCUCACGUAGUGUAGUGUUCAUUCUUCAAAAUACUUUUAAACGGCCAACCACCAAAUGUCAAAGAAUAAACUCAACUUAACAUUACCACCUGGCUCAAUAGAACCGGUACCAGAAGCAUCUCCUUCACCGCCGGUUCCGCCUGCGUAUCCGGAACCUCCGGAAAUGCCUGACGGCAUGAGGGACACAUUGAAUAUUGAUACUCUUCAAGCAAGAUUAGAAGAUCUAGAAAUGGACGAGGAACAAAAGAAACGACUAGAGAGUUUUCUGGGACAAAAAGAAAAAGUUGGAGAACUAUGCGGCGAGGAUUUUGAAAAGUUAGGUGAAUUAGGUUCGGGUAAUGGUGGCGUUGUUACAAAAGUCAAACAUAAAAAAUAUGGUCUUAUAAUGGCAAUGAAGCAAAUACGCUUGGAAGUGAAGCCACCUAUCAAGAAGCAAAUAAUUAGAGAAUUAAAAGUCCUUCAUGAAUGUAACUUUGCACAUAUAGUUGGAUUUUAUGGCGCUUUUUGCAGUGGGGGAGAAAUUUGUAUAUGUAUGGAAUAUAUGGAUGGUGGAUCGUUAGACCUAAUAAUGAAAAAAGCGGGACGAAUUCCAGAAUCCAUGAUAAGUACAAUCACAUGUGCUGUUCUGAAAGGUUUAACUUAUUUACGAGAUAAACACGCCAUAAUGCACCGGGAUGUAAAACCAAGCAACAUCUUGGUGAACAGCGCGGGUGAAAUCAAGCUCUGCGAUUUUGGCGUUUCUGGACAACUGAUCGAUUCGAUGGCUCAUUCGUUCGUCGGCACACGAAGUUAUAUGUCGCCAGAAAGACUCCAAGGAUCACAUUAUUCGGUGCAAAGCGACAUUUGGUCGCUCGGUGUGUCACUCGUGGAAAUGGCGAUUGGGAUGUAUCCUAUUCCACCGCCGGAUGAUAGGCUUUUAGCUUCUAUAUUUGGUUCGGAAUGGAUACAACACGCUGGGGAGAAUCCGGCAACAGUCAGCGAAUCCUCCACGCCGCCUCCACGACCACCGACGAGACGUUGCGCGCACACUCCCAAGCCAUUAGCGGUAUUCGAGCUGUUGGAAUUGAUAGUCAACGAACCACCACCAAGACUGCCAUCCGGAUUAUUCAGCAACGCUUUCAUAGAUUUUAUUGAUCGGUGUUUAAAAAGAAACCCGAAUGAUAGAGCAGAUUUGAAAACGUUAACGAAUCACGAAUGGAUAAGGAAAGCUGAAUCGGAAAACGUGGAUCUCGCUGGAUGGGUAUGUCGUACUAUGGACCUAGAGCCGUCUACGCCAACGCACUUAUCGACCGUGCAAUCCUGAAUAAAUGUAACUCUUACAUACUUGACUACGUAUAUUCGCGUUCAGUACUCCUAAGUUACGCCUUGGUUCGUCUAGGUUUUUAUUCGACCAAACAGUGGCGUAUAUAUCUCUCUUGUUAUAUCCCUCCCCUAGCAAUAUCUUUUUUUACAAAAUUAGUACAAUUAGGAAUAAGAAACCUUUGAGAGCCAAUGCUGAAUGUUAUUGCAAUUAUAUUUUAUUGUAUGUAUACAAUAAUUGAAAUAGACGUUUCGACAACUCACUCAUGCAUCUAAAUCCAGAUUUAUAGCCAUGACAAGCGAGUUUUCAACAUCGCAUGAUAUGCCAAUACUCAAAACAGCCAUUAAACUUGGUAAUUUAAUGGACAUUGACAUAUGGAUGCGAAUUGACUUAUCCAGAUACACAUUAUUCACAGUUCAAAUUACGACGAACAAAUAUUCUUAUCAUUAAUGUUAUAUUUACUGAAGAGGAUUCAAACCAAGGAUCAAAACGUCUAUUUCAAUUAUUAUAUACGUACAAUAAAACUGUAAUUGCAAUAACAUCCAGCAUUGGCUCUCAAAGGUUUUUUAAUCCUUAUUGAUUUAAUUCAUUAGAGCCUAUAUAGAAUUUUUAUAUAGUUUAAAAUUAAUACAUCUACAUUUUUAGUAGGUGUGCCAAGUCUGUUGAUCGUAUCAAAUGAACAUCGUAUCACUGUUGACUGUUGAGCGUUACGCAAAUGACAGAUUUUACUUAUGAAAGCGAUCAUAAGGAAUUCGAUUGACCCCAUUGUUAUGUAUCUUUGUCAUUUUUUUGGUUUUUACGGGGAGAAACAACUAUUAUUGUAAUACGUGUAAUAAAUCGUCAAGUAUCACCGUGAUAUAUAGGUGAAUAUGAAACACUUAUCUUGCGGACCGGAUACGUCGUGUUUCGCUCGGACUUUGCUUGUCCAAAUAAUUUACACGCAGCACGCCACUGUGCCAAAUAUUAAUUUCAUUCGUAAGAUUCACUUUACGUGUUCGUCUUAUGCUUCUGUUAAAAGUAUGUAAGAUGACAAAUUGCAAUAUAAUUUUAUUAUUAGAUUCUCAUGGGCAAAUUGUGUUCCCCGUGAUAUGAUAUUAGGAUGCGCGAAUGAGCAUUAAACCUACGAAUGUCGUUUGAGAAAAUUAAUUAGAUCGAGAAUUACUUGUAUAAGAUUUGUACCUGACAUCCAUAGAAAUGUUAUUUACACGAUCAAAAAUUUCAUCUUUAAUCAUGUUAAAUCAUUGUUUUUGUACCAAUGCAUAACUUUGAUUAAAUACACGGUUGCCGUAUUAUUUUCAAUCAUGCGCGUUAAAACGUACGAAUUAACACAUGUCUUUAAUUUUAAUUGCACGCGCGCGCGCGCGCGUCACACACACACACACACACACACACACACACAGCCAUAGAAACACAAAACGCGCUUUUUACACUUAUAGUAUAGUAAUAGUAAUCAUUUUCAAAAAAGGCAAUUUAGAGAGAAUAUUUUGAUAAUAUAAUUCAAGUCUUUAAAAUUAAUUCGCUUUCGAUUAUAAAAAGUCUUGCGAAUUUAUUAACAUUAAUGUAUAAACUUACAUUUAAUAGACUAUUAUGUACAUUUAAGAUGUAAAAGACCAACUCUAUCAUCGCAUAAUCAAUCCUUCAAUGGCGAACAUACAAAGUAAAAAAAAACUUGUCUCAUUUUUCACAUAAUUGUAAUUUACAUUACGAAUAAUGAAAUAUUCAUAACAUGGUUUGAGCUAUUUAUAUACUCGAUAGGAUUUAGAAUAUUACGUUAUGAAUUCUUUCGCUGCAAAAUAUAUGUGCAUACAGUGAGUGAUAUUCUCGAUUCCUUCCUAGUGCUAAAUGUGCGAUAAAGACUGGAUUUAUUGUCGGUAUUUCACAUUAAUUUAAAAAUAUAAAAUGCAUGAUAGUAGUAGAGUGAAGUAUCUCACAUUAUUAUUUGUUAAUGAAUAAUAAAAAUGAAAAACAUAUGUAUACAUAUGUAUAUGUCUGUUUUUUUUCAUUGCUAUUAUCCAUCGACAAUUCAUCCAAAUGUGUGUGUGCGUGCAUGCAUGCAUACACAUAGGUAUACAUAAUCCAACCGCAACAGAAAGAUUGAUCUUUUGUACGACCAAUUGCAUGUCAAAUGUUAUUGUGCAAUUUUUAUGAAAAAUAUCUUAUGGCAAGUUAUUAAUGGCCAACUUGAAAUUUAUGAAUAUUUGAAAAAUUCAAUUAAAAUGAUAAUUGAAUUU